AUGGAGGUCAUCGCCCGAUCCUCUGCAGCCGGCGGCGGCGGCAGCCAGGAUGCAGCCUGCUCGACGUCGCUUUCGUCACUGUCGCCAGUUGUUGUAUCACCCCUCUCAAGGGGCCUGCUGUGUAAAAUGCAGGAAUGGCCCGGCGUUGACGCCGUAUCCCCGCCGUUACGUGAGAAGACGGAGAAACCAAACAUGGUGGAAUAUCGCUUGGUGGAGCCCAACUUUGCCACCAGCGCGGAGAUAUCUCAGACUUCAGAUUUGAACGUUACCAACCGAUGUGAGGCCCCAUCAACUCCAACAGCCACCCCUUCCACUAGAACAGGGGGUACGGCGAAUCCACUAUCUUGUAGGCUCAGGGAGGGAAAUUCCAAUACAUGCAAGAUGAAUCCUGCGUGUAGGGUGACACUAGAUCGGGCCGCGGAACGAAGUCGGGCACGUGGCCUGCAGCGGUGCCUGUUGGAAACUGAGGCGAAGGCACAAAAAUUCUCCGCUGCGGCGAAAUUGCGCGAGCAGGAAUCCCUUGCAGCUGUCGAGGAAGUCGCGCGCCUUCGCGAGGCAGCAUUGUUGCAAGCAAGACGUAUUGGGGAACUUGAGCAACGUCUUGCUCAGGCUCAGCUUGCAGUUGCUGGGGCUGACAAAGGUCGUGUAGGUGACCAACCAGGAGAACUGACAGAUAGUGUUGACUCCCUAGAAAGCCCUUGCAUUGAUGACAUCAAGCGGAUUCUUCACUGCACGGCGGAGGCAAUACGACGUAUUGAGGUUGAAUUUGAGGCGGAGCGGCGCCGGCGAUGCGCGCUUGAGAAUGAAAAUAAUGCCCUUCGACGUAAACUACACUUUGCACGGCGAGCGGAUGAUGCACUUCACGACGGAGGCUUAACGCACUGCAGCGUAGAGGGAUACAGCUGCGCCAUGGCAUUUGUUCAGGGUCCACUACAGCGAUUCCUUACGGAGUCUGCGGAGCUGCAAAGGAGGCUGGCGACGUCUUCCACUUCUCACACAUCUGCGCAUUCUUGA